AUGUUUCGACACACGACGCGGCGUCUGGCGGUGGCGGCGGCCAAGGCUGCUGAGCCCAGCGCAUAUACUCUGGCUGUGUCGAGGGCGCAGGGCGUGGCACGAGGGCUGACUGGAGCCAUUGGAAACACGCCUCUCAUCCGCCUCAACCGCCUCUCCGAGGAAACCGGCUGCGAGAUCCUGGGCAAGGCCGAGUUCAUGAACCCCGGCGGCUCAGUCAAGGACCGCGCCGCUCUCUACGUCGUCAAGGACGCCGAGGAGCGAGGCCUGCUCAAGCCCGGCGGCACCGUCGUCGAGGGCACCGCCGGCAACACGGGCAUCGGCCUGGCCCACGUCUGCCGCUCGCGGGGCUACAAGCUGGUCAUCUACAUGCCCAACACGCAGUCGCAGGGCAAGAUUGACCUGCUGCGGCUGCUGGGCGCCGAGGUGUAUCCCGUGCCCGCCGUGGCCUUUGACAACCCGCAGAACUACAACCACCAGGCGAAGCGCCAUGCCGAGGCCCUGGAGAAUGCCGUCUGGACGAAUCAGUUCGACAACACGGCGAACCGCCGCGCGCACAUUGAGACGACGGGGCCCGAGAUCUGGGCGCAGACGGACGGCAAGGUGGAUGCCUUUACCUGCGCGACCGGCACUGCGGGCACCCUUGCGGGCACCACGCGCUAUCUCAAGGACAUCUCUGGCGGCCGCGUCAAGAGCUUCCUUGCUGAUCCCCCGGGCAGCGUGCUGCACUCGUACAUCUCCUCGGGCGGCAAGCUGAUCGAGCGCACCGGCUCCAGCAUCACCGAGGGCAUCGGCCAGGGCCGCGUCACGGACAACCUGCAGCCGGACAUUGACCUGCUGGACGGGUCGCUGACCAUCUCGGACGAGAAGAGCAUCGAGAUGGUGUACCGCUGCCUGGACGAGGAGGGCCUGUAUCUGGGCGCCAGCUCGGCGCUCAACGUCGUCGCCGCCAAGGAGGUCGCCGAGAAGCUGGGCCGGGGCAACGUCGUCGUGACGAUGCUGUGCGACGGAGCGUAUCGGUAUGCGGACCGCCUGUUCUCGCGCAAGUGGCUGGGGGAGAAGAAGCUCCUGGGGGCCAUUCCGAAGCAUUUAGAAAAGUACAUUGUGCUGCCGUGA